AGUGCGCCCAAGCGGCAUUUGACGAAGGGGCGCCCCCAUCGCAAAGGGAGAGGGCGCGACACCGGUGCUUUAAGUCCCUCGGCUAAUGAUGUUCACGACGAGUGUUUCGGUUCAGUGUGGAGCUUGUCGGAGUAGGGAUAUGCAGCACCUUCUCUGGAUUGCCCUGCUCAUCGCCGUCGCGCCGACCUCGGCGGGAGCGGCCUCAUCCCCGCAUCUUGUACGAGUAGCGGGCGACUGCGACAUCGAGACGAUACGGGAGAAGGUGGCUGCGACAGACGAGAGGCUCCGGCGAACGGACAACUCCGGACCCCGGGGUGGAUUCAGCUUCAGCAAGCAGACUUGCGAGGAGUUGGAGAUCCUGUUUAAUGCCAUCGAGAGCCGCCUCAGUCGCUGCACAGAAUCCGAAAAGAACCGCUACGGUCUGAUCUUGGACAGCGGACGCCGGAUGGCUGAGCUCAAGUGUCGUGACGUCAUGGACAGUGCUGCCUCGAAGGAGUACAUCUCCUGCCUGCGAAACUACAACCACACGGCCGACCACUGCAUGGAGCGGCUGAGCGCCCUCAAGGACGAGUACAAGGAGUAUUCGGCCGGGCUGACCAACAGCAACGACGUCUGCUGUGCCUACCAUUCGUACCACAAGUGCCUGGGCGACAAGCUGUCCUCGGGCUGCGGUGAAGAGGCGAGGCAGUACACGGAACUGUACGCGGACAAGCUCACCAACAAGCUCCUGUACAACUUCUGCAAGAACUACGAAACCUCGGUCUGCGUGGACACAGACUCCGGAAGUCAACUGACCAUGAGCGUGUUCACGCUCCUCGUCGCCACCUUUGUUGUCCAGACCGCAAGUCCUACAUGGUAGAAGACAAUGACCGGAGCUGUGAAGUGCCUUCCAAAUAGAAAACCAUCGCUGCAUCGACUCAAUGUAUAGAAGAAAGGAAGACAAUUAGAAAAGAAAAAUGAGUUGACGUACAAAGAGGGUGGUUCACACACCUGCGUUCACUGGUUGCAACCGACCACUUUGUUCAGCCUUGUGAUCGGAGAGAACACUGACACGCUGGUGCCAGGUAGCCGCAGAACUGGAUUUAACUAGAGUGGUGGUCUUUCAGUAUUUGCCAGAUCAGAUGUGUAUACUGGAUGAGAAAUGGUCGUUUACAACAUUGCCAAAGGCCUUUCCGCAGUCAAAUAAUGAUGCGAAAAAAACACGAGGAAAUAUAGGCAAACUACCUGAUAGUGUGUACUCUCUCGUUGUGAGCGAUCGCAAGACUCGGUGUACCAACCAGCCUUAAAGGAGCAAGCUAAGUAGACAGUUCCUUGCUCUCCGUCAUUUCAUCACCAUUGAUGAAAUACAUCAUGACACCUUAAAGUAAAAUCAUUUAAAGCUUGACAUUAAUACGCAGUUCACUGUUAAUAUGAAUCGGACAAUUCAUCUCAAGUGUGCUCAAAGUUCUAUAUUACUCUAAUGCCAAAAUGAUAAAAUGUGAGAUUACCCAAAGAGACUGACUGGUGCCGUGCUGCAUGAUGGUUCGCACACAGCAGACAGUGCAAUUAUAAACCCGCAUUCGAAAUACAGGACGAAGUUUCUAUUUCAAGCGAAGGAUAUUGAAGUUUAGUUUAUUACACAAGAUCUAAACGGCGGAUUGUAAAGCCUUCGUGGAAUGCAAAUGAAUAUCUUAUUCAACUUCAAUCCCAGCCUUUGUUCUAUAGUAGUAUUGCUUUUGUUUUACGGUAUCUGUCCGAAAAUGGCCUCGUCAUGAUCGGUUGUCAGUAUCGUUGGCCACUCAUUUCCCGCACAUUGCAACACUUUACUGUUGCGAGGGAGGUAUUGAGUUUCGACAGACAUUAGUCCAAAGGAGCUGGAUGUUUACAAACGUUUUGACCAGACGACGUUUGUCAAUGUGCUCCUUGGCACUCGUUUUUAAUUUGUUCAUUUGUAUCAUAUAGGAGAUUUUCUUUAUGUUUACAUCUCCUUGCUCACCAACGGUAGUAUUUCUGCCCAAGCAUAUAGUUGUUCUGUGAAUAAUUUGUUGAAUGAUUUCAUUGUACAGACGAUGUUUGUCGAAUAAACCUUUUGACUUCGGUAACAACUAAGUCACUGCCAACACUACGAAAA